CUAUUAUGACGUCUAUGCCUCCAAAACAACCAUUAAUUGAAUCCAUUACUUUGCCAUCACCUCAACGUUCAAACACUACACCAUCAUCAAAUCCACAUAAAAAGUUUUAUUUUCAACUGUUGGGUCCAAAGGGUGAAAUAAUCGUUCAUCUAAGUAUAAUACAGAAUUGUAUGGUAUGUCUUAUGCAGUUCCAUCAGUAUCACAAGCAAUGACUAAUCGUAAUGACAAGUAUGUUAUGAAUUCUCCAAUUGGGAACAUUUUGAUUGAAGAAACUAGUCCAUCUAUUAUUAUGUCUUCUAUGCCUCCAAAACAACCAUUUAUUGAAUAUAUAAAUUUUCCAUCACCUGCUGUAUCUCAUCGUUCAAACCCCACACCAUUAACUCGUCCUAUAAAAAGAGUUUUAUUUCCAACUGUUGAGUCCCAAGGGUCAAAUCGUUCAUCUAAAUAUAAUACAGAAUAUGACUGUGGCAUGACUGAUACAGCAUUCAAAAAUGUUGUCAGUUCCUUAACUAAAGUUAAGCAUGAAAUUUCUGCGAUACAUUCAACUGUGAAUUCAAGCUAUAUGGUGUUGGAAGGAUUUAUUAAUAACUUUGGACAAUCAAGAGCUACAGAAAUAGCUAUGCAGUAUGAGAAUGGAUGUAGUUUAGACGAUUUCUUCCUAAUUACUAAUGAAGAAGAUUUACAGUUACUUAACAAUAAAAUUAAGUCUGAUAAACAAUUUCGAUUAAAUAUGGUUUCCAAGUUAUCAUUACUCGUGGGUACAAAAGAUGUUGGUGAUAGCGUGAGACGACUUAUAGGACGUAUGUUUAUUGAUGAUGUUUUAACCGAGUAUUCUCUUCUGGGAAAAAAAGAAGAAAAAAACUUCUCAGAAUUGCCUGUUUAUCAACUAUUCAUAGAUGCAUUAAGAAUCCAUCAAAAAUACAAAGAUAAGAUCAAUAAAGAUUUUAAUGACCCAUUAGCAAACUGGCUCAAUCACUCUAAAUUUAGGCUUCUGAACAAAGCAGUUGAAAAAAAUAACAAACUAUAAAUUGUGUUCUUUAAUAAAUAUGAAUUAAUAAAUAAUAAACAAUAUAUUAGGUACUAUAAUUGCAUUAAAACUUUGUUUUAUUUAAAAUCUGCAUUCCAUUCUAUAUUAAACAUAUAGCUUUAUUGUAACAUUUAAAAGGCGGAC